UAUAUAUAUGGCGGUAUGACUGAACGAGGCCGGCCUGACGUAACGAGGGUGUGAUCAGUCCAGGGGUUCACUUGGCAAUUCUAACGCGAUCGGACUUCAUAUUUUGUGUUUAGUCUCAGCGCCUGACUGCGACCUUCACCGGGAGAGAUAAUGAAGCAGCCCGGGCUUCCAGCUCACUAAACCCGGCAGCUUUAUCCGACAGAAUGGGAGAUGUGUUCGCUAGCUAGCUCGGGCUGUGUGUAAGUGAACGGUUUCCUGGAGUCGCUGGAGCUCUAACGUCGAGUCGCAGGCUGAUCUGGACCGAGAGACAUGCAGACGUUUCUGCGGGGUAAACGCGUGGGCUACUGGCUCAGCGAGAAGAAGAUGAAGAAGCUCAACUUUUUGGCUUUCGCCGACAUGUGCAGGAAACGAGGCAUAGAAGUGGUUCAGCUUGACCUGAGCCAGCCCCUGGAGGAGCAGGGUCCGUUAGACGUCAUCAUCCACAAGCUGACAGAUCUGAUCCUGGAGGCCGACCAGAACGACACACAGUCCCUGUUACUGGUACAGCGUGUGCAGGACUAUAUAGAUGCUCACCCUGAGACCAUAGUGCUGGAUCCACUCCCAGCCAUCAGGACACUGCUUGACCGCUGCAAGUCUUACCAGCUGGUCCACCGAAUAGAGGCCUGCAUGCAAGACGAGAGGAUCUGCUCUCCUCCGUUCAUGGUGCUGAACAGUGAGUGUGGUCCAGACACACUGGAACAGAUCAGACAACAUGGUCUUACAUUCCCCUUCAUUUGCAAAACACGAGUAGCACACGGAACCAACUCCCAUGAGAUGGCCAUUAUCUUUAGUGCGGAGGAUCUGAAGGAUGUGAAGCCCCCGUGUGUGAUUCAAAGCUUCAUCAACCAUAAUGCUAUGCUCUAUAAGGUGUUUGUGGUAGGCGAGUCCUACACCGUGGUGGAAAGACCCUCCUUGAAGAACUUUCCAUCUGGCCCUGCUGACCGCAAAGCUAUUUUCUUCAACAGCCAUAACGUAUCCAAACCAGAGUCAUCCUCAGACCUUACAUCUCGAGAUAAUGUAGAGGGUGUGUCCCAGCCACCCAACGAUGAUGUUAUUAGGGAGUUGUCCAGGUCUCUGCGACAGGCUUUGAGAGUGUCUCUCUUUGGCAUCGACGUUAUCAUCAACAACCAGACAGGCCAACAUGCGGUCAUUGACAUCAAUGCUUUCCCUGGAUAUGAGGGUGUUCCAGAGUUCUUCACUGACCUCCUCAACCACAUCACCAGCGUGCUCCAAGGCCAGUCUUCCACUGACCAUCUUCCUCUACCACUGGCUUCACCCCCCUCGGCAGCGUUAACAGCUCCAGUCUCAGAGGAGCGGAGCGGCGCCCCCUCCCAGGAGUGCUGCAGCCUGUUAGGGGAAGAGUCCGACAACAGCAGCAGCAGCAGUGCGUGGAUCUUGGAGGGGGAUGAAGGACUGAAGAGUCCAUGCCAGAGACUGGGCUGCAAUUCAGCAGUGUCACCCAACUUCCAACAGCACUGCGUGGCCACCAUCGCCACCAAAGCCUCGUCCCAGUGACCACCUUCUUUCCCUCCACUGAACAAAACAAGAACAGAGUGAAUAAUAAUAAAUAACAAUAAUAGAUUAUAUUAAAGCACUAUCUGUAAUCAGAAAUAAACCUUUUACUCUAUUUGUUGGUAGUGUUAAUAAUGAGGUGAUGGGAGUCCUUAUACUUUUGUGUAUUUUUCUUUUUCUUUUCAAGUCUAACACUCAAUACUGUAAAGUGAACUCAGUAUUGAUCAACAGAUUUGCUGUAGUGUUCAUAUUUGUUUUAAAAUGUGUUUUAUUUUGAAGCACUGUGGAGAAUGAGGAGAGAUGAGUUUCAUGCAGGAGAGGGGAUCCUCAGUGUAUACCACUGGUUUUGGCAGGAUGAGGGUUUUAAUAAAAAUGUUUUAAUUUGCCGGUGGACAUGUACCUAUAAGGCAAUCUUGUAACUUUUAACAGCUUUAUGCUCCAUGUUAAGUGUCGAUCCUACAUUGUAACGGUCUCUGAUGUGGUAUUGUACAAGUCUCCCUUCUCACCUCCAAACUAAGAACAGCAAAUCUGAUGAAAUAUUGUUUCUUGUAUGGAAGAACGUCUAGAACACCUUUUGCGCUCCGUCGAUGGCUGUGUAAUUCAACUCUAGGUGUUCAUCUUAACGUUUUUUUUUUUUUUUUUACCUGCCUCGCUAGAACAUUGAUACCUGGCAUUUCUCUGUACGCAUUUCCUUAUUUUGUGAUGAUCCAACCUCGGGAAUUUCAAUGACAAGUGUCAUUAAUGUUUUGAUUGUGUUAUGAAACAACAGCCGUGAACAGUGUAAGUGCA